AUGCAGCUUUUAUGCAGUGGUGGGUAAAUUUACAUUAUGGAUUACUUUAACCCUUGGGCUGGGAUGGGUUGGGGUUGGUAGUAUUAGCAGCACUAGAGAUCAUUCACUGUUUCCUGUCCAAACAUCAAAAGAUCAAUCAUUUCAGUAAAUGUUUCAUUUCUCUCCAAAAAUAAGCAACCGUAUCAAGCCAAUAUUUGAUUGCCUUGAUCCAGUAACUCUGACUUGCUUUAUAAUGUCUUCUUAAAAAAGUCAUUCCCGGGAAGCUCAAACUAUGGUAAGCCAGAGAACACACUUCUAAGAUUGCAGUCAGCCAAUAAAAUCUCUUGUUUCAGUGUUCCCUCCUACUGUAUGACGGCUACAUGUAAAGUGCCUUCAUAUAUAAGGUGCCGAUAGGUAUCACACGUUCAGACCCACACACUAUACAGUACAGAAGGGACUAAUGUUACAGUGAUGAAUAGAGAGGUAUUUUUGUUUUACAUCAACUUGGGUAAGUGUAAGACAUUUUAAUUGAGUUCCUUUUUUAAUCGUUUGUAGUAUGUAGUUUGAAUAUGAUAUGUGAAGUAGGAUGUUCUGUCUGUAAUGGGUAGAAAUGGUUUAUCAAUGUCUUUGUCUUUGAUCUAUUUUGUUUGUUUGCUUUGACAGUUUGUGCUCAUACCAAACCAAACGUAAUCCAACCAGACCAUGUGAUGGUUACUGAGCUGGGAGGCACUGUGACACUGACUUGCUUUUGUCCCAAAGUGUCGGUGACCAGGUUUGAUUGGUUCAAGCAGAGUUUUGGACAGAAACCCCUCCUCAUGGCAUCAUCUCUUUAUGUGGGUCAAGACAGUUAUUAUUCCAACAACUUUAUCAAGGACUUUACUGAGACCAAACGUUUGGGUGUGAGGAGAGGAGUCUACAGCUGUAACUUGACCAUAUCCUUGACAGAGCCAGGGGACACAGCUACAUACUAUUGUUCCAUUAAAGCCAUCUAUGAGCAAAUAUUUGGAGAGGGAACUGUUUUAAUUGUCAAAGGUAACACAAUGUCUUUCUUCAAUUUCAAAUUGUGUGGCCCUGUACGUUGAUAUGUUCGUACAACUGCUUCAUCAAAUGCUAGUGAUGAUUACAUGGCUUUUCAUGUUUUUCACCCACUUAGUCUUACUUUAGUUAUUCACUCUCUUCAGACUCAGAGUCCAACAGCAUGGCUGUGCUCCAGCAGCCUGUGUCUGAGUCAGUCCAGCCAGGAGAUUCUGUGACUCUAAACUGUACAAUACAGACUGAGACCUGUGUAGGACAACACAGUGUCUAUUGGUUCAGACAUGGCUCAGGAGAAUCCCGUUCAGGAAUCAUUUACACCCAUGGAGACAGGAGUGAUCAGUGUGAGAAAAGCCCUGAGACUGGGUCUCCUACACAGAGCUGUGUCUACAACCUCCCCAAGAGGAACCUCAGCCUCUCUGAUGCUGGGACUUACUACUGUGCUGUGGCCUCAUGUGGGGAGAUCCUGUUUGGGAACGGGACCAACUGGACAUUGACCCUAAGUGGUACUGUGGUGGAAAUUCAACACCAGGGACACCUGAAGUCAAACUUAAAUGAAUCACUCUUUAUUUGUCAGCUAGCUGGAGAGUUUCCAUCGAACUUAAUGCAUGAUAGUGAAUGCCUGUCAGAAGCUCAGCUGGGGCAGUCUCAGCAGUUGCCUUAUAACGGCUAUACAUUUUUACAUUUUUAGUAAUUUAGCAGACGCUCUUAUCCAGAGCGACUUACAGUUAGUGAGUGCAUACAUUUUCAUACUGGCCCCCCGUGGGAAACGAACACACAACCCUGGCGUUGCAAGCGCCAUGCUCUACCAACUGAGCUACAGGGGAACACAGACAAGUUAUAUUUGCAUGAUUUAGCAUAAUUAAUUCAUCAUUACCGGUGGCUCGUACAUGUGACUGACCAAUUCCUCAUGAAGCUCUCUCUCUCUCCAAGUUGAGACCUUGAAACUGAGAUACCUUGGUUGUUCCCAUAGCAAUAUUCUGGGCAUACUGCCAAAAUGAGGAUCAGUGAUAGUGAGGAUUCCUCCAUACACGAUCUGUCAGUCACCUGCAUGAACCCAUCUAGUUGGUUACAAGAAGUAGCAUUGAUUUUGAUACACAAACGUACAAUUUCCCUUACAUUCCCUCCUCUUAUCACUCUGUGAUAAUUAUCGUACAAUUUUAAUGCAAGCAUUAGAUUAUAGCUUCUAUCAAAGGAGGUUCUAUAAAAAUAUUUAUAUUAAAGUAAGCGAAAUCAACACAUAAAACCAGACAAUUCAUCCUUUCAAACCCUUUACUCUGGGUUUUACAAUCUAAAAUACACACACGUACACAAGGGGUCUACAGGCUCAGAGGUGACUAAAUCUCUCAAUGUUUACAUAGUUCUUACCACAAUCGGGUUGCAGUGAUAUCUGUUCUGCACCAACUGUCCCCGAGACUAGUCAAAACAUAAAACUGUUGUUUAACAAAUCCGCUAGAGCCUUCUAAACUUGUACACUAAAAACAACCUUCAAUUCUCACUCAUCGUCCUUAUCUACAGGGGGAAAGGGAAGCUCAUCCAGUGUCGGCAGCUCAUCAGUCUCACCAUCCUCUUGAGGAGCAUUAAACAUAAUGGCUGCCAAAACUUUCCCAGCUAGGGAGGAACAAAUAGCCGUACAACAUUUUAGUAAGACAAUUAGACAGACUAAGCAAGAAACACAUGGUGCAGCCCUUUGGGCAAUCUGGGAUCCCCAACUUCCAAACAGAUUUCAACCAAGUUGCAAGCGUCCACUCGGGCUGUGGGGAAUUGUUCUUAGCCAUAGUGGCAAUGUAUUCGGCAAGAUCGGUAACAUUAGAGUUCCUAUCUGGGACAAAAGUGCCCCCUUGAGCUAAUUUAUGCAAUUCUUUCAGUUCGUCAUUUAACUGUUCCAGGGCAUUUUGAGUAGCAUUGCCAAUUUCCUCUACGUGUUUAGAGGCAUCACACAUUUGAUCUAGGGCACAUGCAACUCCAUACCCCGGAAAAAACACACCAAAGAACCUGGAGGCAGGUGCCUGAGUGUGAGUGAUGUCAGCUAGAGACCUCUUAUCUCUCCUCAUUCCAGCCAGAAGGUUUGUCAUUUCUAAACAGAGCCUCAGGACUCUUAUCAUUGUUUGGAACGGUUCUCAUACCUGUCACCACAAAGCCACAACUACCUCCCCAGUUCAGGGGCAGGCUAUAGUAAGCCAUUUUUCCACACAACCAAUAGGUGCCAUUUGGGGCUCCUCUCAAAGGGAUAAGAACAUUAUAGACUGAAAUUCCAUCAGUAACAUUACCAGGUUCCCCAGUGUCGGCAUUGUUAACAAUUAACUUACAGGUACUGGACCCGUUGUAAUACAUUGCACAAUUACAUUCUAGUUCACCCAAAUGAUUACCUCCUUCUCCUCUAAUACACCAAGGGGCUGUCAUCACUCCUGCUACUGAGAUGGGUGGGAGUAAAGUAUUAUCUGGCCUAGCAAACGACGGUGGGCCUAUGUGGUUGUAUAAUGCAGAAAACGUCAUGGGGUCAGGGUUACGUGGCAUCUCUACUAGGAAUGGUAAGUCCAUUUGUAUAAUCAGAUUUACCCCUAUGGGAACUCUUACAAGUGGUAAACCUGCUCCUACCUUAACUGGCCCCAAUCCACACACCCAACACUAUUUUUGUCCAGAUGUAAGAUUAGCAACCAUUUCUGCUCUAGAGAGGAACAGAUUGUCCUCAUAGUUAUGAGGGCCCAGCAGGGCUCUCCUUCUCCGAUUAUCAUCUACUUCUGGGCCCCUUUGGCUCGGGACUUAUCUCACCCUCUGUCAGGUUUCCAAGAAGAGGACAACCUACUGUUCUUAUUAGCACUCCUGUCCUAAUGCAGAGGAGGGCCACACUGCAACACCGGAACUGGCGAGGCCUCAUCUUCUCCUGAAUCAGGAAUUUGUCUGCAGUGCGACACGUGGAUCCAGGUAUCUCUCUCAGCAACCUUCACCGCAGUGGGGGUGGUCAGAAGUACUUGUUACGGCCCUCUCCAACGGGGGUCCUUCCAACUCUUUCUCCUGAAGUCUUUGACCACCACGAAAUCACCUGGGCUCAAACAGUGCUCAGCUCCACCUGCCAAGUUCGGCAAUGACACCUUCACUCGAGGAAAGAGAGUCUUAAGAACACUGUUAAGGGUGACACAAUACUCAACCAUGUCUUCCUCCAUUCCUUGCAGGGACAACCUAUUCUGGGCGAAGGGUGUAUUCGUCAUUCGCAUGGGACGGCCAGUCAGCACCUCGUGUGGAGAGAGACCAGUGACUGUAUGGGAUUUGUACAUAGUUUCAGAGUAACAUGAGACAUCCUCAAUAGAAUGUUCUGAUAAUCUAGCAGUCUCGCAGGCAUCAAAUGAGCCAUUCUUGCCUAUGUAAUAAUUGUGUGCACAGCAUGGGGCACAUGGACUGUUAGGGGAGACAUAGCCACAAUAUCAGAACAUGCCAAAACAGCUUCAGUAGCAGCAGCUACCAAUCUCAAACAGGAAACCAUUCCCCUGAUCACACUAUCUAAUCGUUUAGAAUAAUAACCAACAGGUCUAUAUCCCUCACCAUGAUACUGUGUCAAAACUGCUAACAUAAACCCACUCGUCUCCGAAACAAAGAGAUGGAAGGGUUUAUUAUGGUCUGGCAAACCCAAGCAAGAGGUAGACAUUAAUGUUUGUUUCAAUUUUACCAAUGCCAUCUCUGCCUCAUACGACCAGACCACAACUUCCCUCGCAUCCAUCUUUCUCCCAUAAAUACAAUCCUGCAGCGGUUGAACUAUCUCUGCAUAGUCUUUCAACCAUGGUCGACAGUAACCAGCCACACCCAACAAAGACAUAAUGUGCUGCUUGGUAACAGGUUUAGGCAAAGCCUUAAUUGCCUCUAAUCUGUCUUUGGAGAGUGCUCGACCCUCAGAAGUAAUGUCAUGACCCAAAUAUUUAACGGAGCUCCGGCAUAAUUCCUUUUUACUCCGGGAAACUUUAUGACCAUUUUCUGCCCAAAAAAUCAACAAUGCCCUAGUGUCCUAGUGACAUAUCUCCUCUGAUUGUGAGCAAACCAACAAAUCGUCAACAUACUGAACCAAAGUACUCCCUCCCGGAGCAACAAAACCCUCUAGGUUUCGAGAUAUUUCUUGGGCAAAGAUCGCCAGUGAUUCCAUGUAGCCUUGUGGCAUCACCGUCCAUUUCCAUUUAGCCCCAAGAAAUGUAAACGGGAACCAGUCCUGUGACUCUUCAGCCACAGGGUUGCUAAAGAAAGCAUUAGCUAAAUAAAUUACUGAAAAACAACAACUACCUGGAGGCACCUGGGAUAAAAUGGUAACAGUGUUAGGCACCAGGGGUGCUCUAGCAUAUACAGCAUUGUUUACUAGUCUAAGGUCUUGCACAAAACGAUAAUCACCAGAUGGUUCCUAACAGGUAAAAUUGGUUUGUUACAUGGCGAAAUCAUGGAGGGAACCAGAGCGCCUCUUUCAACUAACGCACUAUGAACGGGAAUUAUACCCUUUUCGGCUUCUUUGCUAAGAGGGCACUGAGCUUGGUAAGGUCUGUGGUUGCUUUUUGGAAUUACCACAACUGGUGCAGCUCCUUUCAGGCGUCCAAUGUCGGUCUUUGAUUUAGCCCACAGUUCUUCAGGUAUAUCUUCUAGCCAAUCAAUGUAUGAAUUAUCUUGUAAUACCACAGGCAUGGUUUCAACGGGAAUUGGUUAUUUUAUUGGUGUUGUCAUUGCAGUAGCCGGUAUGGGGAAUAGAAAGUUGCUGUUGAAGCUGACCACUUUCUUUCCCCUUCCCAGGCCACCCAAUCAGUUGCUUCCAUCACUUUCUUCAUCCAAAUACCCACAUAUUUCCAUUGCUUUCCAGGUGCUUUUGAUAAGCUACAAUGGGGAACAGAGCCAGUGACUUCAUACAAACUCAUCUUAGUAUCCGUCAACAACUCCAGCUCCUACGAUGUCUUCUCCUCUGUAUAUCCCAUUCAUGGUUAUCUCAACUUUCUCAUUUUUUUUUACCAUCUCUGUUGGUAUUCAGGGUCCUCUUCGCAUGAGGGAACAGCAGCAGUACAAUGUAGGUAUUCAGACACUUCCCAGUUACCACUUCCCAGGGAAGAGAGUGAUUGCUCUCUCAGCUGUUCCUCAACAUGCUGAUCAUUCAGGUGCCAAGCAUUGUAACAGUUCAUCAGGCAAGGGAAGAUUCCAUUUUCUCUCGAUCCCAAUGACUAUCAUUCUUCAGUACAGGCAACAGAUAAAUUCAUUUUACACAUCAAAUCUCUUCCUAAUAGAUUUACUGGGCAGGCGGAGGAGUACAGGAAUCGGUGUCUCCAUUUGCCCUCUCCCCACUCCACAUUCAGUGGAAAAGUCAAACAUUCUUCCGAUGGAAUUCCAGACGCUCCAACUGUGUGCAUUGUUUUUUGAGGGGGUGACAGACAGGGCAGACAUUUUCAACAGUGAGACCGCGGCCCCAGUGUCCACCAAAAAUUGAAUUUUAUGUUUAUUAACUAAAAUAUCAAUAAGGGGGUUUUUGGGUUGACAAGGUGGUCAAUUUUAGCAUUUGACAGGUUUCUUCUGGUUCUUCAUCAUUGUCUUCUUCAUUAGUUUCUUCUUCUGUUUCCGCCUCAUCCUAUGGUUGGCAGCCCCAUCGUCCACCUCCUCUUCCAAAUGGGUUGUUCACCUGCACGCCCACAGCUGGGUACGGCCACUCUCCUUGGCCUUACUGGGCAGUGUGUUGAAAAAUGCCCUUGCUUCCGAUAGUUGUAGCAACUCCAGUCUCGCCCUCCGUCAGCUCCAGCAGGAGCAGCUCGACCUCUACCUCUUCCUCUACCUCUUUGGUUUCCAUGGUUGCCACCAUUUUCUCGAUGUCUUCUUCCUCCUCCAGAGUAGUACAUCAGCUGUCUUUCUGUCCUUAGUUUAAUUUUCCUUCAACUGAGUCUUGGUCAGGCGUCAGGCCUGAGUGUUGGAGGAAGACAGUCUCCAUUCUUUCCAUGUAGUCACUAAAUUUUUAAUCAGUUCCCUGUAUGGUUCUUCUGGCUCUUCUGCCAGUCUGUGCGUUUGGGGAAAGCAGCCUUUAUAGCGGUAAAAACUGCAUCCAGCUGGUCAACUUCAACUGUAUCUGUAGCAGAUGAAGGGGUUGUAUCUGUAUCUUUGGUGUGUUUCUUUUCAGGACCCGUCUCUAUGACAACAUGUCCAGCAGUCUCUUGUACGGAUGCAGGGGUAAGUAGAAUUCCUUACAUUUUGGAUUACCAAAAAAAUAUGUAUGAAAAUGUUUAUAGUGAAUAAUAACAUAUAGUAAUUGUUUCUCACAGGCCCAAGAUGCAGACAAUCUCCACUACGUAGCUCUGAAUCUGAGAAAGAAGAAGAACAGGUCUGGAAGACAGAGAAGCCAAAUGGAGGAAGAGACAGUGUAUGCUGGGAUCAGACAGUAGAACUGGAUGAAUGAAACAGUCCAAUGAAUUCGCUUUUUAUUAAUUCUCAUUUUAUUAACAUUAUUAGCUGAAUUACUGUAACUAAUAAUUACUGUAGCUACUUGAAUUAAGUACAUUGCAUCUCUGCCAAACUCAUUUUAAAUGGACUUGCUUGUGAUUAGAUGAAUAAAGCAUUUAACAACAGUCAAGACAAAGGAAGUUGAAUGUAUUUAUUUAGGCCAUACACAGGCAUCUUUAAAAGUGAAAUAUGCAGAAAUCGCUACACCAUUUUCUGGUUGCUAAAAUUCUAAUAGUUUGCCUAAUUUCUGUUUAUGGGAUAAAACAAGCAAUGCAUAGUGUAGAGAAUCAUUGUACCAUCUAAACCGCUGUGAAAUACAUUUUUAAUAACUCAAAAUAUUGUAUUUUCAGCUGUUUAAACCUGGUGUACAAAACCGAAAGUAAAUGAUGCAAAAAACUAAACUUAAGAACGGAAAGCUUAGAAAUAGAGCACUUAGAACAGAUCUACCGAUUCUUAGACUUGCUUUCAAUGAGAAUGAAAGAUCUAUAACUCACAUUUCUAUGUGAAUUUGGUCAGGUCGGCCAACAGUUACACAUUGUUGUUUUAAGAACAGGAAGCAUAGAAAUAGUGCACUUAGAACAGAUCUACCGCUUCUUAGACUUGCUGUCAAUGAGAAUGACAGAUUUACAGUUAGUCUGCGGUCUGUGAUGAACACAAGAUGAGGAUGUAUCUGCGCUUUGUUAGGGCCUGCUGGCUUUGUACACAGGACCCUCUGCUCUCUUUCUUUCUCUCUGUUGUUCUCUCUCUCUCUCUCUCUCUCUCUUCUCUCUCUCUCUCUCUCUCUCUCUCUCUCUCUCUCUAUCUCUCUCUCUCUCUGUCGCUCUCUCUUUCUCUGUUUCUGUGGUUUUCAGACGGAAGUCUCAGAACUCUUAGCUCUCUCAUACCGUAGGCUAUACUACUUGCUCUUCAAGUUGACCAUUUUAACAACAGUAAACCAACUCUUUUGAUGAGGCAGCUUAUCUAUACAUAGUCUACUGAAAUCUGUGAAAAAACACAAUGAGCUAUUCAUGAGGUCAUUUGACCUAGAUCUGUAGUUCUUAGUCAAACACAACACAGUUUUAACUGUGAAGUAUUAUCAUCACCUAUAGGCCUAGAGGAAUCUGCCUCCUCAAUAACAAAAUCAUGGGAAGGUGUUCUAUCCAUCCAGCCAAUUGAGUAAAAGUCCUGAAUUAGAGAUCACUAAAAGAGUAUUACUGUAUUGUGUUCGUUAAAAAAAAAAUCAAUUUAUGUUUUUUUGUGUGUCUUGACGUAAACAACAGUAGCUGUAGAGAUAAAGAAUAAGGGAUUUCAAACUUGAAUGAUCAUUACUAAAUUUGUACUAAAUAUAUAAGGAUAAGAAUAUACCUAUAUUAAAAUAUUUGUGUGUCUGAUUCAGUCCAGCCACGAGACUCUGUGACUCUGUACAAUGUGAAGAAGAUUGUCUUAACGGAAUAAGGCGUCAACAAAAAUGAUGCGUCCAGUUCGACCAAUCAUCUGUAACUCCAUUGUUGAAGUGUUGUCUACAUAGGUGGACUUUUUCCACUCAAGACAGGUUGUGAAGAGGAUGUCAACUUCAAAGAGGAUCACACUGUGUAUGAUAUUUCCACUUCUUGUAGAGAUGGGUAAGUCCAACUUUUAUAUUUCUCUGCUUAUGUGAUGUCCGCCCUUGAUUUUAAUGCAUGAGAUAUCAUAUUUAAUACUUUACAGCAACUUUGAAUAUUAUAAGUUGUAUUUGGGGUAUGUAACAGCAAAUAUACUGUAUUGUUCAUGUUCUUUAAUAUAUGUGGUAGCUGGUACUGAGUCCUCAUCCAUACGUCAGGACAGUGUUCUCAUAUCAGCCAACGUUGGAGACGCAGUGAUUGUGCACUGCUUCUAUGAAGGCCACAUGGCCAUGCAUUUCUCCUGGUACAAGCAACCCUUGGGAGAUAAGCUUCAACUCUUAUCAACCGUCUAUAAGUUUGACAUGAACGCAACAUUCUACCAUGAGUUUAAGGAUAACCCUCGCUUCUCAGUGGAAAAUGGCCAAGAAAAGAAUCACCUAAGGAUCUCAGACAUGCAGCUCUCUGAUUCAGGCACAUACUACUGUGGAAGUGCUUAUGGCAACAAGGUGGAGUUGGGAGAAGGAGCCAUUCUCAUAAUAAAAGGUACGUUUUUGUCAAACUGAAUUUACAGAUAUGCGGUGUAAAUAUGGAGUAUUAUCUUAAUCAGAUUAGAUGUUAAUUUAACAAAUGUUGAGGUUGAAAACUUUCUACAGAAAUAUUCUAGCGAUUCAAUGGGUUUAUUGAACUUCUUGUCAGGAUCAGAGUCCAGAAACAUGUAUGUGCUCCAGCAGCCUGUGUCUGAGUCAGUCCAGCCAGGAGACUCUGUGACUCUGAACUGUACAAUACACACUGAGACCUGUACAGGAGAACACAGUGUCUAUUGGUUCAGACAUGGCUCAGGAGAAUCCCGUCCAGGAAUCCUUUACUCCCAUGGAGACAGGAGUGAUCAGUGUGAGAAGAGCCCUGAGGCUGGGUCUCCCACACAGAGCUGUGUCUACAACCUCCCCAAGAGGAACCUCAGCCUCUCUGAUGCUGGGACUUACUACUGUGCUGUGGCCUCAUGUGGGGAAAUACUUUUUGGGAACGGGACCAAGCUGUACAUUCAAGGUAAUUCCAAUUUAAUCUGUAAAUAUCCCCAACAAUACUGUAUAUUCAUGCAAACGGCCUACCUCAAAACGAUCCCAUACAUAUGUCUCAACAAGCUAUACAAUAUCACCAUUAGCUUUUGAUGCCAUAUUUUAUUGUUUGAUGAUCUUCCUAAGCGCUCAUAAAUACAAUAUGAAUUCCCUGAUAUCCUUUCCACAGUUCCAGAGCAUGAUUCUCCAUUUGAUCUGAGUCCUACUGUUCUGGCCUUGGUCGUCUCCAACAUCGUUCUGGGGAUAGUGACCCUUCUACUUGUCUGGGUGCUGUGCAAGACUCAGAACAGAGAUAGCAGAGGUAGUACUUUAUAUCUAAUGUAUCCAAUGUAUCUAACGUUAUAGCUGAUGUAUCUAAUGUUUCAUGCAUCUCUAUGCAAUGUACCUUCUGUAAAUAUCAGUUAAAUAACCAAAGUAUAAGCAUUGUUAAUUAACUACAUGUGGAUAAAAAGAGAUAGAUUGUCAUAAAAAAUAUUUCAAUCUCUUUGAAGGGAGGACAGAUGUCCCAACGUCCCAGGGCAAUCAGGUACAUUUGUCAACAUUUAUAAAUACAGUAUAUUUUCAGUUUUUACAAGAAACUGCUAUUUAACUUUCCUUGCAGCUAGUAAUCUGCUUAUAUGUGCUAUUUAUGUUAUUAAGGUUUCUUGGAAGCAAUAGGUCACUGUACUAGAUGAAGCCUUCUGAUGUUUGUGAUCGUUGUUAAUUUUUCCAUGAAACUUCUGUCUGUCACUGUUCCACUGACUGUCAGGUCAUUGUAGUGGGUGUACAGUCUGAACAGUCCUGUCUUUUGUAGAGUCUUUUCUUCCACAGGAGAAUAGAAACAUUAUAUAGUAGAUCAUGAUAUCAUCAUAAUGUAUUUUCACACGGCUCCACCCCCCUCAGAAUCAAGACAGUGAUGUGUUGAACUAUGCAGCUGUGAGUUUCACCCCCAAGAAGAACUCCUCCUCCUCUAGAAGAGCAAGAGAGAAGACCAGCAGAGAGGAUGCAGUGUACUCUGAGGUCAAAUACCUGCAGCAGCAGUGAGAGGUAUCACCACUGUCACAAAGACUCCAAGAAGAACCAUUUAACUAUUUGUAGCCUAAUGAAACUUUUAGUAUCUGAAAUUGGUAUGGAAUUUACAAUGCAACAAAGAAACUGUAAUUUUAACAUUGUCUGUAAGUUAGAUGUAUAUAAUGAUCCUGUAAUGCGUUAAAUAGCCAUAUGUUAUGCCCUGACCUAUAGAACUCUUGUUUGUUGAGUCAGGGUGUGGAAAUCUAUGUUAAAUUUUCUAUGUUUAUGUUCUAGGUAG